GGAGGCCCCGUGCCGCGGACCCGCGUCUGCCGGAGGAGCCGCCAUCCGUCCGCCCGUCCGUCCAUCCGUCGGCGUCGGCGCGUCCGUCCCGGCGCUGACCCCUCUGUGUGUUUGCAGGGAGGAGAAGUCGGAGGAGAACCUACAGGGGCUGAAGGAGCGGCCCCCCAAGGCCAAGAAGGUGAAGAAGGAGCGGAAGGAGGAGAAGCAGCAGCAGCAGCAUGAGCUGGCGCAGCCCUCCGCCGAGCCGGCCGAAGCCGGCAAAGCCGAAACCUUGGAGGGCGCCGGGACGGCGCCGGCGGCGCCGGAGGCUUCGGCUUCCCCCAAGCAGCGUCGCUCCAUCAUCCGGGACCGGGGUCCCAUGUACGACGACCCCACGCUGCCCGAGGGCUGGACCCGCAAGCUGAAGCAGAGGAAAUCGGGGCGCUCCGCCGGCAAAUACGACGUCUACCUGAUCAACCCCCAGGGAAAAGCCUUCCGCUCCAAGGUGGAGCUGAUCGCCUACUUCGAAAAGGUAGGAGACACCUCCCUGGACCCCAACGACUUCGACUUCACC